AUGGCAGGUAAACUAUUUUUCUUAGUUCACACAUUCAACGAUAUAUCAAAACUCGGAAAUGGAAAACGCUAUUAUAGCGAUAUUGAAAAGCGACACAACAUUCCAUGGAGACUCUGUAUUUUCAAAAAAGAAGGUUUCCUUGGACUGAACCUGCAUUGCGAGACGAAAGAAUGUUUUGAAAAGAAAAAGUGGUCGUUUCAAACGAAAUUCACAAUGAAGCUAGUAGCUGUCAGUGGGAAAUUCUUCCGACGGACUGUACAAUAUGAAUUCCAAAAGCCGGAAGGACAUGGAAUGGAUAAAUUCAUAAGUUGGGAGAAUAUGCUAAGGGAUUAUGUUGAUAAUGAUAGUAUUAUCAUUGAAAUCCAUGCUAAUAUUGUUCGAAGUACGGGUUUCUUUGAACGAAAAUAUUUCAAGUAUUUGCAACCUAAUUCUGAUGAUACAUUUGUGCUAAAACAUACAUUCAAGAACAUUUCGAGAUUUCUACAGUAUGAAGCAGAUCAUAGUGAUUCAGAAGAACAUUUCAAUAUUCCAUGGAGAGUGGAAAUAAGAAAAUUAAAUGAAUUCCUUGCGAUCUAUUUGCUCUGCGAGCAAGAAAUAUGUGAAGAGAGAUCAAUUGAAUGUGUACUCGAAUUUAGAUUGAUUUCUGCCAGCGGAAAAUCUUAUUCAGAUCAGUGCGAUUCUGUUGUUAAAAUGGAAUCAAGUUGGGGAAACCAUUACUUUAUUAGAUGGAAUGAGAUGGAGAAAGAAUAUGUUCAAAAUGACAGCAUUUGUUUGGAAGCUCAUGUAUUAGUGAUCAAUGUCACAGAUAAGCCACGCGAUAUUGCACAUGCAGAAAAAACAUUUGUACUAUCCGACACUGUCAAAAACAUGUCAAGAAUUAAAGAAGGAUGGUUUUACAAUACGAAAAUUCAAAAUCGUUUCAACAUUCCAUGGAGACUUCAAAUUCAAAGACGAGAUGGAUUCGUUGGUCUGUGUCUUUAUUGUUUGAAACUACUAGAUGAAUCCAGAAAAUGGUCAAUUGAAAUUGAAUUUCAAUUGAAAAUAGUUUCAACCAAUGGAAGACGUUUAUUGUGUAGAGGAACAUAUGUGAUUGAAAACCCAAUCUCUUACCAAUGUCUUAUGAUCAUCAGAUGGGACAGUUUGGAGAAAAAAUACAUAAAGCCUUCUGGAUUCACAAUUCCUGUUGGAGAUAAAGAAUAUUCAAUGGAGAAGUGGCUGGAAAUGGCUUUCGAUCACUGA